AUUCGUCCUCGGAACUCCUUGUUGAAGGCACUGUCUGUUUCUGAAGCUCUGUCCAUGUACACCAGUGGAUAUUAUCAGUGGUGAUUGUAGGACAGAUCGUUCUCUAUCAAUGUGAAGUGGAAUGUUCUCUAUACAAUACAACUUUGUUUGAUUAAUUAUUGACGUGACAAAUGUGGUCACAUUAAUCAUUUUUUCAAUUCUGGAAAACUUGUUUCCAAUGUUAAAACCGGCUUGUUUCGUGAUCGUAGGACCAUUCCAUUGAGAGUAUGCCUGAAUGAAACACGGAACUUGGUGCUACUUUGUGCUAUAUCUGCUGUGCAAUAUACUCAGUCUGAAUACUAGAGGCCCUCUCACCCUGAAACAGCAAGUCUUAUAUGUGCUAGUCUUGUGUGGAAGACCCACUUGUUGAUUAAAGUUUCAAUCAGGGUCUGUGAUUGCAGACUAGCCUCGUGCAUGGACAAACUGUUCCUUGGAAGGAAAAACUGAGCUCUACCUCACUAUUGGGACAAAUUAUAUUAAAGAAAAUUUGAUUUGAUUGAAAUAUGAACAAACAACUACAACUAUGUGUACAUGUCUUCAUCUCCUUGAUAAUAUCAAUGUCAGAGCCGAAUGAAUGAUUGCUCUUUCAUGUUGCAUGUCUUGUGAAUUUCUGCUUUUGAAUUACAAGUAUUGACUUAGGAAUAACUAAUGCAAGUCUAGAGGGUACUUGUGUCAAUAUUUACUCUCAUAAACUUGGAAUUGGCACUAAUGAUAUCUCUUUAGCAAUGUCCUCGAUGCCAGUCAACCACAAGCAAAAAGAUUAACUACACUUUGCAAUCAACACUCGAGGAAAACAAAUUUGAUCACGCUUUCGAGUCGCCAAAGAUACAAACUGUUGUGUUAUACACCAUGUUUGUGAUUUGAAAUCAGGGAGCAUUUUAUGAAGCAAGCAGUCCGUAAUUUCCGCUGUCUUUUGUUAUAAGCUGCUGAAAUUGUCACAUCUGAUUGGCUCAUCUCAAAUUUAUCAGUGAAAAUUAAUGAUAAAUUGCUUUAUGACGCACGAACUCUUUAGUUGAUUCUCUGACGACCGGUAUUCUUUGGAACUGAUUCUGUUGUUACACACCAGAGUGGAUGAAAGAUACAGAUUUUUUUGCUACAAAGUCUCUUAUACAACGGGGAGAAACAGUGACAGUCCCACACUUUCAACAAAAUAGAAAUAAAUCCAUAUGGCUACUUCGUCUCCUGAGGCUGAUGAGACCCAACCCACAACACAUAGUCUCAAUGGGUCAGACAUGGAGGAGCUCUCGUCAAAAAGCAUCGGGAUGGAAAAGAUUCCUCCUCUUAGUGCAAGCGAACUGGAGGAGCUCCUGAAAAGCAACUGGAGUAAACUCGUCAGGAAUCUAGAGGUGGAGCGGAUCUUACCGAGUUUCCAGGAUGCCUAUCUCCUCGAUGUAACGGACAGGGAAAGAAUUACUAAUGCUUCCAAGUAUCCGACAUCAGUAGAACGAGCUGGUAUUUUCCUGGACACACUGUCACGCAGAGGUGAUAAAGCCAUAAAGCUCCUCUUCAGCCAAGUUGAAGAGCACUAUCCAGACUUGUACAAGGAAAUAACGGGAAGAGAGCCAAAGAUCACCAGACAGAGACUGAAGACGAUCAUGGGACAGAAGGCAUUUCUCACACCGGCACUGACGCUGACCAUCCUGACGCAGCUGGCAGAGAUGCUGGAGGUGAAGGAGAAGCAGGAGAAAGAACUGGAGCGCAGCAAGAAAGACGUCGAAGUUCAGCGACUGGACAUCGAGAAACUCAACCACACCAGGAAUGUGCUUCUGAGGAAGAACAAAGCACUCCGAGUUAAGAAGGAAGAGAGAGAUAAGAUGGAAACAGAAUUAGCCCAGAGGACUACAAUGCUGAAGGAUGUCCAGAAUAAGCUCCUGAAGUUCCAGAGAGAAGCAGACAAGGCCAAGCAUCAUGCAAGAAUGGCAACUUUCAAGAACUUUCAUUUGGAGUACGAACUGAGGGAGACGCAAAACAGGAGGAACAUCGAACGACGUCAAACCCGGAACCUUCAGAGGAGUGUCAAGAACCAUGAGAAAUUGUUGUCAGAACACAACAUCACUUAUACCUUUGACCCCAAAAAGGUGGAAGAGCUUCAACGUGAACUUGAAAAGAUUGAUGACUUUCGGCGGUCGGUCGCAAUAAGCGACGAAGUGUGUGAAAUAUCGGAGCGAGUCAAGAGUCAACUCGCUGAUGUGAGACAAACCAACAAAGGUCUUAACUUGAAGGUGCGGAGAAAGCAAGAAGAAAAUGAACGGCUGAGAGGGGAUAUUGAUUUACUGAAGCAGGAACGAACGAUGAUGAGAGAGACGAUGAAGAUGAACCGCCUCCAUCUUGAGAUGUCUCAGAAAGAACUGGAGAUUGUUAGCCAUGAGAGGGCUAAGUUGAACCAAGCCUAUGAGGAGGUAUUGAAGGACCUGUCCCAAUCAUUCCUCAACACCGCAUCUCUACAGCGCAGUGUCAACAAGCUACGGCUAGACUAUGCUGAUCUCUCUGAAAGGGUUAUUAAUAAUAAUGAUGGUUCGAUGGAUACAUCAGGAGUAUUUACACACGGUGAUGCAGAUGAUGAGCUUGGAGAUGACGAUGAUGAUUUGGUCGAUGCACUGCUAGACGGUGCUUCAAGUGGAGUAGAUGAAAAGAUAGUUCCUAUGCCUCGGCCAAGAGUGACGAGAAUGGUCUCCAGCACCAGUCGAGGAUGCAAGAUAGAGCAGAUGAAGACAUUGUCCGAGUCCUUUGACAAGGAGUCGUCGGCAUCGUCGCCCUCCCACACGAUGACAAGCAGUUCCUCAACGACGACUGGAGAUGAUUCUGCCUCUGCCUCGCUCAGGAUCGGUCGCAUCUCGAGAUUCCCCAGCUACAGUUUCCUCGGGAGCAGUGAUGAUGACGGUGAUGAUGAAGACGAUUACGAUGAAGAUAUGGCGCGCAGCAAGAGCAGGUUGGAGGAGGAAUUUGAAAUUGUAGACCAACCAUUUUCGAUGCGUUCCAGGCCGGCCACCCGCCAUGUACGUGUCAUGCAGGAUCGCCGUCGAUCCCGAUCGCUCAGCCGACUGGAAGACUACGAGAACAUGGAGUUCUUGAACUCACCAGGUUGUUACAGGUAUGCCCAACCAGGCAGCAAAGAUUCCCCGCCAGCCAAAGCUCUCUCGCGGGAGAGUUCCGGCAAAGGUCAAAGGUCAAUUAACCGUGUUGAAUCUUGGCUUCUUGUCUCUAACCCCAAAGCAUCCGUUCCAAAGUUAAGGGUCCCGCCCAUGCAGGCUAAAGAGAACGCACAUAGUCCAGGAACCGACUCUGAAGGCUGCAUGCAGGAAUGCAUCCAGCCUUCGGAGCAGUGGUUAGGUCCUCCAUUAGAACCUAUCAAACAAGAAGAGCAGCUGCUCAGUAAACGCAUCAAAAACCUCUCCGGGUUCUUGGUAAUGAACCGGGGAUCCUACCGAUUUGGGGUGCAUAGAAAAGGUGGCCAAAAAGUAGUUAAACAUAAAGAAAAACCAGGAUGAAUGAAGGCAAUUAAGACUGCUCUAAUCUUGGAAACAAAAGUGCAAUAACACUGUAAAUAUCACUCCUCUUUUAAAUGCUCUGUACAUGUCAUUAAAUGAAUUGUGCUGGCGUAUCGUCAGUUUUUAAAAUACUUUUUAUAUUGUUUUUAAAUAUUAUACAAGUAUUUUUCAGACUAGCAUCAAAUGAAAAUAGACCUUGGACCUAUUUCUUGUAGAAAUUUGUGCAAUUAUUAAAUCUUGGUGAUGGUUCUCUUCUCAAAAAUAAGGCAUAGAAUGGCAUAGAUUCUUUUUAGAAUUGUAGAAAGACUGUUUAAGGAGAAUGAAACCAUCGGAGAAAAACAAUAGUAAUAAAAACAGAAAAUAAAGCAAUUUAGAAAAAAAUUCACUUAAUAUCACUUACGAAAUGACUGAGCUAUGGAAGUUCUGAAAGCCUUAAUUUACUUUAUAUGGCGAUCUUCAAAUUGGCAAUGUUGCUUCAAAAUGGCAGGCGAAGUAGCUCAACACUCAAUUUGUACAUGAACAUUAAUUUGUAUGAUUUCUUCUGUAGAUGCUGCUUGUCUUUUGAAUAAUUUUCCCCAUGAUAUCUGUAUAACUUCAGCAGUGGAGGUGACAGACUACAAAAAGGUGUAAAAGGUAUAUGAAUGAGUGUUACUCCAAAACCUAUCACAAUUUAAGCAUCAUUGUCCAUUUGAGGAGUGCCAUGGAACGUGAAUUGAGACUUUUCAAACCUUUUCAACUUCCUCAUUAAUAGCCGAUUUUGAUGGAAUUUUAUGUUUUUUAAGAUUUCUUCCCUCAAUACUCUUUUUUUUUCAUUAAAAAAAAAUUUCCCUGAAGUUUCAUUCUCCUUUGAUUAAAAAUGAUAUCACUCAUAAUCAUGUAUGUUAACAUCUCAGGAAAUAUUUAUUUGGGAAGCUCAAUGCAUUUUGCUAAGUGCCUUUUACCAAGCUUACUUGUAAAUAGGUGUACAUGUACAUGUAGCAUAGAUGAUUUUUUUUCUACAUUUUUGUAUUGGGUUAUGUGCCUGGUUCAGAGAAAUUACAGGUUUUACAAGGAGAUGUAAGAAAUGUUUUAUUGUGUUAUUCAUAUGAUCUCAUCUUUGAUUAUAAGAUUAAUGGUAGUCGAACGUACAUGAGAAGUAGAAUGUUGACCUUCCAAGUGCAAGAAUGUCUUCUAUAACAUAUAUGCUUCUGAGUACUCACAGUCAGUAGCGGACCAUGACCCGAAGGAGACAAAUGAUUGGAGGGGCACUGUAUUCUUUGUGAACAACGCUGUGCCCCUCCAAUGCUUUGUCUCCUCCGGGUCACGGUCCGCCACUGCUCACAGUAGCAAUUUACAUUUGAUGGUAGGAUUCGUUGAACUUUGUAAGGUUUGCAUGUGUGGGCGCGUUGUGGUCUAGUGGUUCUGACUCUCGUCUUUCAAACAUGGGGUCGUGGGUUCGAGUCCUAGCCGUGGCGUGUUUUCCUUCAGCAAGAAAUUUAUCCACACUGUGGUGCACUCGACCCAGGUGAGGUGAAUGGGUUCCCGGCAGGGUGAAUUCCUUGCAUGCACUGAGCGCCAGUGAUGGUACCUCGAGCCAAAGCCGGGAUAAUAAUAGUAAUAACAAUGUGCCUCGGAAUAGAUCGUUUCUAGUUAGAUGGUGCUAUACAAAUGCCUAUUGUUAUAAUUAUUAUAAUUAUGGAAUCUAACAUUUCAUCUCUAUUCUUUAUUUCUAUCUUUAUGGGCUUGAUUAAAAGUAUUUCAUGAUUAUAUACACUAGAGGUAUUUCUAAUAGAUCCUGCAAUCAUUUCUGAUCAAUUCUUUCAAAGUCUUCCUUUAUUCAUAAUGGUUAGCUGCAAUUUACAAUCCUUCAGCCAGUUUCAUAAACGGGGGUGUGAGGGUUCAGAUUUUCAGCUGAUUUCAGAUUGUUUUUGUUUUGAUUUUCAGCUUAAUUUCAGCUUAUUUUUGGCUUUCCUCUGUACAAAAAGUAUGGGAGCCCUUUCUAUUUCAGACUUUUUCCAACAUUCUUUAGCUUUUUUCGGAUCUUUUUAUUAAUUGUGACCACCUCACAUCCCUGCAUUAAGGACUUGAUAUCAUAGCAACUUUCCUUGGAAGUUACAGUAAUGGCAAAUUUAAAAUAGUUUCAAGCCUUUAUGUCACAAGCUCCAGGGGCCCGUAACAAAGGUGAAUUGGCCUAUCAAAAUCAUUGUCUCAUGCGCAUUUUGCUCUGUAGACUGACUGGGAACCAAUCAGAAUUGUCCUUUCAAAUUAGCGAUUAAUCGCUAGCCUUUGUGUUAUGGGGCCCAGUUCUUCAAAACUUUUCUUUCCAUCAUCAUGUACUUUAAUAAUUCAUCGGUCUCUGUCAUCAUUUCAACAUUGACUCUUCAUAAGUACAUGUACUGUGUGAGUUUGGUCAUCAUUUCAAUGGUGAAUUCAGGAUUUUGAAAUGGAGGUUGCAUGUGGCAAUUUCCUAGAUUCAGCAUUUAUAAUACGUACAAUGUUUAAACUGCAGGGCGCCUUUGUAAAGCAGUUUUAAGAACUGAACAAGCCUACCCUGCAGUAUAAAAUAAAUAAAACAAAAUAAAUAAAUAAAUAAAAUGUAUGUUUAAUGGGCUAUUCUAAGAAGGUAGAGGGGGCACCCCCCGCUUGGAUCUGCCAUUGCCAUUUUAGGAACAUUAGGAAUUUAUGUGAUCAAGGAGGCUCAGAAAUGUGUGAUUUUCUUAGUAAUUAGAAGAAAAAUGCCCACAUUAAAAAAAGGGUACUAUUGCUCCAGACUACAUGUAUUUUUACAGGCAAGGCCUGUCUCUCAUCCCGGAUCCACGCCUGACUCAUCAUUAUACUCUAAAUUUCCAUUCGUCCUUUGUACAUAAUGUGUGAUCCAAAGAUGUCUGUAUUAUCUAGACAUUCAUGAAUGCUUCAUAGAGCGUGUUUGCUUUAUAAAGCAUUGUUGUUUCAUAAUAGAUAGGUGUUAUUGUAUGGAUGGAAAAUGAAACUGUUUAGGUAUAGCUGUUGUGAUACUAUAGAAUAUAAAUUCAAAAUGAGGAUGAUACCAGACAUUUUAAUAAAGGUGCAGUCAAUAUGAUACUAAACAAUCUAAAUUAGGGUGAUACCAGAAAUAAUUGUGAUAUGAUACGAUACAAUCUUAAUUAGGGUAAUACCAGGAAUCCUCAUCAUUAAUAUGUCAAGGAAUGCAGGAAUUUAUGAGAAUAGAAACUAAUUGAAAAAAUACUUAUUGAGCCACACUUACAUCAAACAUUUCUCUUUGUGUCUUAAUAAAAUUAAGGUUGAAUAUAUGUAUUUAUGAAUGAUAAUGUCCUUAUAAUUACUGGAAUGAAAAAUCCUUCAUUUUUUUUUCAUUUUUUUUUUCACUGAUUGUUUGAUAUACCUCGGUUUCUAAAAUAUCUCACCAUUUUUUGUAUGGUGAUUCAUGUAUUCAUGUGGUCUUUGAUUGAAUCUUUCCUUAUCAUAUCUUAGUAUCCUUAUCAUAUCAUUAUCGACUGAUAUUAUUAUGUGCCUAACUUAUGGUAUCGCCAGACAGUAAUAUGAAAUAAUAGAUUUGGAAAGAAUGAUUGAAUUGCACAAAAAACUAUCAUAUUUCUAUCUUUCUAUGCAUGCUAUCCUAAUACUUGCAUUAAUUUGAAUACCUUUCUCAAACACUUGGGGAUGGGGAAUCAUUUGCUCUUGCCCCCCCCCCCCCCCCCCACUCCCCACAUUGUAGAAUAGCCUUCCUGAAAGAAAAAUGCAUUUCUGCAAACAUUU